GUGCGCAAAAGACAGGCGGAGCGAGAGGUUCAGCAGCGGCGGCGGAGAGGCGCAACGAUGGUGAAGUUUCUAAAGCCAAACAAGGCGGUGAUCAUUCUACAGGGGCGCUACGCCGGUAGGAAGGCGGUGAUCAUACGCGCCUUCGAUGAAGGAAGCCGUGAACGCCCCUACGGCCACUGCCUCGUGGCGGGCAUUGCCAAGUACCCGUCGAAGGUCAUCCGCAAGGAUUCUGAAAAGAAGCGGGCGAAGAAGUCGCGAGUUAAGGUGUUCGUGAAGCUCGUCAAUUACAACCACAUCAUGCCUACUCGUUAUACACUCGAUGUGGAUCUCAAGGAUAUCAUCACCCUAGACUGUCUCCAAUCUCGGGACAAGAAGGUCACUGCUGCCAAGGAGGCCAAGGCACGGUUUGAGGAGAGGUUUAAGAGUGGGAAAAACCGUUGGUUCUUCACCAAGCUCAGGUUCUAAGCUCCGGUUAUGGUAAUCCUGUGUUCGAGUGUUUUACUAUGAUUUGAUAUUCACAGGAGAUACUGUUCCUUUUUAAUUUGUGGGAAAUCAGACAUUUUCACUGCUAGUAUUGAGUCAGCUUUUUGUUUUAAUUUUGAACUCAUUUCCCGUUAUUUAUCAGCAACAUUUCAAUAUCUAUUAAUGUGCAUGUCUGAAAGUGAUGAUGUUUUUUUUUUCAUAUUUUUUGCUUCAUGUAGUUUUUCACUUUUACGAUGCAUAAGUCUUAUAGUCUUGUUAUAC